CCAGAAGGAUCUUCAGCUAGCCUGGGGGUUCAAACCAGCUGACCCAUCGCAGGGCUCACAUGUGAGCAGCUCUAAGACAUGGGAUGUUCCCAGUGACCAGCCAGAACCCUCCAGAGUGAGGACAGGAGUCCCUGCAAGGACGUACACCCUAUAGCAGCCAUGGACUCAAACAAAAAAGAAGGAGAGACUGAAAAUGUGCCUGUGAGUACCCCUGCAACACAGAUUUCACAGUUGCAGGCAUUAGCCUCUGAGUUGAAGGCGGGUUUCACAGAAGCAAUGCAGGAGCUGUCGCGAAUCCAGCAUGGCGAGUAUGCCCUGGAGGAGAAGGUCAAGAGCUGCCGCUGUGCCAUGGAAGAGAAAGUGGCCGAGAUGAAGAAUUCCCUCAACACAUUCAAGGAGGAGCUCAGCGAUGCAAAGUCAAUGAUUGAAGAAAUCAGUGCCAAGCAGGAGGAAAUGCAACAGAAAAUUGAGCAGCUGCAGCAAGAGAAGCGGCGGGAAUCACGGAAAGUGAAAGCUAAAAGAGCACAGAAGGAUGAUCAUGGGUCACAGACAGUACCUACAGCUCUCCAGGGCAGCCCAUUUCGAUCCAUUAACCUCCCAGAACCUGUGCUGAUUAAUGAAGAUUUUACAAGUCUUUUACACAACGUGACUUACGAAAAAGUGUCUGAUACCAGAAUCAUGCCACUGGGAGAAGGAGGUGUGAAAGUCAUAGCAGGUCCAGGAGCAUCCAUAGAGACAGACGAUAGCCUCAAGCCUUCCUUGGCAACAGAAGGGCAGUCGAAAAUGCAUCUGCCAUCAACAGUGUGGAAGCAGCCCAAGGACACCAAGGACUGGGGAGAUGAAUACAUUUCCAAAGAGCAACCGGAGAGAGGGAAAGACAUGGGCCAAAGCAGAUACAGCUCAACAGACAACAUUAUAUGUGAACCCUCUUUGGCUGCCAAAAGGCAGAACAUCGCUUUGGAGCUGCUGGAGUCAGAAAGGAAAUACGUCAUCAACCUUUCCCUAAUCCUGAAGAUCAAGGCCACUCUGCAAGGGCCAGAUGUGAAAAGGAGCACCAAAGAGAGAAGCUUCUUCCCCAACUCUUUGCGGUACCUGGUCCAGCAGCAUGUUGACUUACUUCACGCUCUACAAGAACGAGUCCUGAGCUGGCCAAGACAAGGGAUCCUAGGAGACAUUUUCCUGAAGCUAACAAAUGAUGAGAAUAAUUUUCUGGACUACUAUGUUGCUUACCUGAGGGACCUGCCUGAAUGCAUAUCUCUGAUCCAUGUGGUGAUCCUGAAGGAGGUAGAAGAAGAAAUCAAGUCUGAUCUCUACAUUCUGUUUUUCCAUAUAGUCCAGCGAAUCCCUGAAUACCUUAUUCAUCUACAGAAUGUCCUGAAGUUCACGGAGCAAGAGCAUCCUGACUAUUAUCUGCUGCUGGUGUGUGUGCAGCGCCUCCGGGUUUUCAUCUCACACUAUAGCCUCCUCUUCCAAUGCAAUGAAGACCUGCUUAUACAGAAGAGGAAAAAGCUGAAGAACACGACGAUGGAUUUCUCCUCCCUCAGGUCAUCCUUGGUGAAGCUAUACAAAGGUCUCACAUCCCAGUGUACGAGCCAAGAGGUUUCUCCAACACCAAGUGCAGCAUCUAUCCGGGACAGCGGGAUCCACUCUGAAGAGACAAUACAGUCAUUCCCACCAGCACCUUCCCCUGGCACGACAACCCCGCAUUUGAUGCCCCAGAAGAAACCCCAGCCAACCGUAAUGGAGAAUAUCCAGCCUGUGAAGCCCCCUGACUGGGAAAUGGAAAGCAGAAAACACGAGAGGCCAGAGAACAUCCUUGCAUCCUCUCAGCUCACAGAGCAGGAACUCAAGGCUCUGACAGCCCCCUUACAAUCCAUCCCUGAAAUGGAGUAUGAAGCACCACCAGCUGAUGCAGUGGGAAACACUGAGAGAACCAUCAGGACCUCUGUGGAACUGCUACAGGAUGGAAGGAAUUUUGCACCAAGCUAUGAAGAAUUUGACUACCCUGGGGAGGUUUUUACCCUGCCAGGCCCCUAUGAAGAUGAUGCCUUCCAAAACCUCGCUCUAUUUGAGAAUUGCUCCCCAGCCUCUUCCGAGUCCAGCUUAGACAUUUGCUUCCUUAGGCCUGUUAACUUCACAUCAGAACCAGAGAGGACAGAACAUGCUUUACAGCCACUGCCUAAGAGCUGCACUCCCGUAAGCAGCAGUACUUACAAGCGUGAGAUGUUCCACAGCAAAGGCAAGCAGCUGAGCAGGUCUCUGAAGGAGCUGCCAAGGAGCGCUGAGGGUGUGAGCACCAGACUCUACAGCACACGGAGCAGCAGUGGGAGCCGGCUGCAGCAGAAGCAGGAGAGAAAUGUCCAGCCUCACAUGAUCUCAGCCUCAUCUAGAAGCUCCCAAAGGAGCUACUUCCCCCCACAGAGAGGAGCGGGUGAAAAACAGAGCUUCUUGGAAGAGCUCCAUGCAGAAGACAACACCAGGUUCUGCCAGAAGGAUGACAAUGAGCAAACAUCCUUCAGCGACCACAACCCACGGCACGAGCCCAAGGGGGGUUUCCGGAGCUCCUUCCGCAAGCUCUUCAAAAAGAAAUAAGCAGCCCCAAGAAAGGCAGGCCACAGCCGAAGCGCAACAGUGCUUCCCCAGGUCCCUGAGGGUGGAGACAGGCCCCAAGAUCCCCCCUGAUUAACACAGUAGGUGGAGGGGUGGGGGAGAGGAGACUGUCACAACUGCCUUACAAAUGCACCCUGCUUUUCCUAGCACAGGGCAGGGACAGGCUAUGUGUUGAAGUGGAGCUCAGCCAGCAGGUCCAAUAAGCACAGGAACUUGCUAGCUUUCACUAAUGACUAACUUUCCUUGGGGUUUUGGAAACAUUUGGCCGAACCGCACUAUUUUCUCCUCCCCCUCAUCCCCCAGUGCUGCUUGAUUUGCCAUAUAUUUUUGCUCUUCCAAAUUCAAACCAGGUCUUAACUGGACUCACUCACAACAGAGGAGUUAUUUUGCAGCCUUGACAUCCUGGCCAGAAGUCUGAAAUUCCCCUCUUUCCUCCACUUUCCAAAGAAAAAACACCAUCACAGAUGUCUUCCAGGAGGCCAGCUCCCAUUACCCUGCUGGUUUGAGAAGGGUUAAUAAGCAUAUUAAGGGCUAAUAAGCAAAAGCGGAAGUACGUGGGCUUUGUACUGCUUAAUCAGCAGCAUCCUUUCUUUUGGACUUCCAUCACUCCUCAAAAUCCUCCUUCACCUUUUAUGCGGCAUGCAGUUUCUUGAAUUGUGUCCUGCUGUUACGGAAUCUCUGCUCCCGCUGUUGGAAUUGCCUGUGUCUCCAGGCAGGCGGUCUGCCACAAGUCUGACUCUUCUCCACACUAUACCCACUGGAGAUUGACAUAGAUGCUGACACACUCAAGCAGUGUCCUGGCUCCUGGUCUGUAGUACACCUGAAAUACUCUUCGCUAACACUGUUUGGCCUGACAACACCUGGCAGCCCCACCACGUGCAGCACCCUGCUUUGGAGCAGGUUUUCUAGCUAAAAUUGAGGCACUGGGGCAGGAAAACCAAUGGUGCCCCAAGUUCAAAGUCACAAGCCCUUCUUUUUGUGCAAAGAUACUCUUCGUGCCACAACAAGGCCACACACACGCCACCUUCCUCACAUCUUGACAUGACAGUAACGCUGUUCUCUGCAGAAGACCAUAGCUCCUGUUAAGAAGAAAGCGUGGAGAAAACACAGCCCCCUGGUGCAGUGUCCAUGUCGCACCCCAGCAGCAAGACCACACUGAUAUAGGGCUGCCAUGUUAGCUGAAGCUGGGGCAUGACAAAGGCACUUUCAAGAGGAAAUGUGGCUUUAUCACUGUAUUUUGGUGUGGUUGGGACACUGGUCUGUCACAAAGAACAGCUUCACCAGAAGAGGUUGUGAACUAUGUCUGGGGGCCAACAGCAACAUCUCCAGGGAAAUACACAAAGCUAUGAGAUUAGGGGCUGGGGACUCCGACACUCAAAGACACUCCGGUGCCAAGAGAAAAGCACCCAUCGUGCUGCAAGGCUCUCUGGCAGCAGCAAUGGUACAGGGAGGGCCCAGAGCAGGUGUCCUUCGCUGCAGUGGCGAAUGCCCUCGGCAGACACAGGGCCUAUAGCUCCUCCAUAGUACUGGCUGACCUGCAUCCGCCACCUGCUUUUCCUCUGUGCUGAAGGCAAAGAGGUGUGUGAGAAAAGGGUUAUCCACCUAAGACAAACAAAAUCCAUCCUCGUUCUCAAUCACAGUUUUUCCAAUAUUUCAAAAAAGUGACUAAGCAAAACCCCAGCAAUUAAAAUAUUUUAGCUGAUGUCUGCCUCAUAGAUUUUACUGGACCCCAAAUAUUUCCCAAAAAUCCACUUCUUCUUACAAAGAGGAAAAAAGUCUCAUCCUCCCCCUGCUCCCCACCCCUGCGUUUAGAAAUUAUUCUGGGAAGAUAGAUUUUUUUUUUUUUAAAUUUAAGGUUUUUAAUGACAAACCCCAUCCAUCUCUUUCCCUCACAUCCUCAGUUAAAUUACAGAUUCCCUGGCUUUCCCAGUGAGAGCCACUCCAUGCUGAACAGCCGCUGCAUCACAGAGAGACUUCCUAGGAUUUCACAGCUUUCAGUCAGACAGUGCAGGGGUAGGAUAGAAAUAUGUCAGAGACAGAUACCUGUAACUGAAGCACCAGCAAAGCCUGUUUGUUCUGCAAAGGAAUCAGCCAUACACAAAACUAUUUAUUUGUCUAUGGAACUAGAGUUAUAUAAAUAUGGGGGAGUUUCCCUGUAACGCAAUGAUGCUGUCAAGGACUCUGAUGCUUGUGUCUUUGGUCUAAUAUAUAAUCACGUUUCUGUCCUUCAUAGAACAAACUUGGUCCUCACAUUUGCCAGGCAGAUGCCAGGACAGAAACAGGACAAAGAGGAAAACCUACCUGCUAACAUCUCCUGGGUGAGGGAAUCCUUCCAAAGUGGCAGACCCCUGCUUGUGAAACACACGUGGAUUUUAGCUUCUCUUCUAGUGAUUUAAGGCAUAGUCAGAAUUGAUGGUUAUUUCAUUCUGAUUCUGUACAAGUUCUUAUUUCCAGACCUAUACUUAUCAUUUGAGAUGUCCUUGUACCUGCAUAGUAUCUGCAAAUGUAAAUACAAUGAAUGAAUGAUGCUCAGCACCACACAGAAAUGCACAACCUCUUGCAGGAUUCAAUCCAACGUCACCUUUAGUGUACAUGUAUGCUCUGGAUUAUUAUUCUUGUGCCAAAUAAAUGUUGCUUUUAAAUAACACUGUUCUCUUUUGCACUGAAUGAGCCAUAAGGCCACAUUGAUUAAAAGAAUCAUAGAAUCACAGAAUGGUUUGGGUUGGAAGGGACCUUAAAGCCCAUCCAGUUCCAAUCCCCCUGCCAUGGGCACGGACAUCUUCCACUGGAUCAGGUUGCUCAAAGCCUCAACCAACCUGGCCUUGAACGCCUCCUGGGAGGGAACAUCCACAACUUCUCUGGCAAGGUAUGCCAGUGCCUCACCAUUCUCAAAGGAAAAAAUUUCUUCCCAAUAUCUCACCUAAAUCUCCCCUCUUUCAGCUUAAAACCACAACCCCUCAUCUUAACCCUGCACUCCUUGUUAAAGAGCCACUCCCCAUCUUUCCUGUAGGCGCCCCUCCGUUUAAGUACAGGAAGACUGCUAUAAGGCCUCCCUGAAGCCUUCUCUUCUCCAGGCUGAACAAGCCCAACUCCCCAACUCUCUCAACCUGUCCUCACAUGAGAGGUGCUUCAGCCCUUGGACCAUCUUCAUGGCCCUCCUCUGGACUCACUCCAACAGAUUCAUGUCCUUCCUGUGCUGAGGAUCUGAAACACAUGAAGAAACAUGUUUCUCAAGUCCCUUUCUGAGGCAACUGACCUGGCUCCAGCACUCAGCUGACUCACUCUCAAGCUUCUAGUCAAUAUCCUGUCGGUGGUGCAGUUCACUGUGACAUUUCUCCAGUUCCUUCCUCCACCUCCUUAACUGUUUCUGCUGCUUCUGUUACAGACAUCUCGUAAGCGUUCUCCACUAAAACACACCACUGUAAUUUCAACUAUCCAACUCUGUAAGAGAUCUCAAUAUCGUUGUGUAUAUCACAAACAUCUGUCACACAUCAGGUUGUUUUAAAAUCUAAUUCCAGUUCUGACUAUCAAUUCUAUCUUACCUUUGCCACAUUCUCAGCAGGCCUAAACCAAUGACACCACGAACAGUGACUGCUCAACCCAUGGUGCUCACAUCUCCCUCCAUGCCAAGCGGCACCCUCAAGCACAUCUAGUGUUCCUCCUGCUGCUCUGUGGCUCCCUGCAAUGUUGCGUCACUCAAAGACAGUGGUCUCAGAGACUAGAAUGUACCAGCAGAAUUUUGAAUCAACAGCCUAAAUACAGUUUUACUCCUGUACAAAUCUACUGGGCUGUUUCUUCCUUGAAUUCCUUUCCCUAUGGAUGCAGAACAUGACUAUCAGCUGGGGGCCUGAGACAGUCCCCAAAAGGACAAGCAUUCAUCAGGACCACGACUCUUUGAGAUCACCUCUCCAUAGCUACACACCCUGCUUCAGUCAGGCACCCUAGAUUGUCCUCAAUUACAGGGAACAUCGACGUUCAGUGUUGGCCAAAUGUAUCCUCUCGCUUCAUUCCUCCAAGCCAGCAAAACUGGGGCUACUUCCAAGUUUGUAUAAUUUAGGCACAUUUUCCUACUUUUUUUCCUCAGACUUGCAAUAUGUCCUGGGUUCCUCUGCAAGUUCUUAAGAGUAUUUUCACCUCAGAACAAGUCACGUACAAGUACAAAUAUUCCUUGGUAAAGGCAAAACCCAAACUCUACACAAAGUUCUUACUGCCCCUUGUUCAUGCCUAAACAGGAGAGGAGCUGGGGCAUGCACAGUACUGUCUUUGGCAACUGUUUGAUUUUGUGGGCUGGAUUAGAUGGAGGAGGCUACUGUACACAUUAAGCAGUUUCUACUUGCAAGUGGUUUUCAUUUAUUCACUCUGUUCUUUGAAAGCAAAUGUUUUGCAUAUUGCCAGAUACAAUUUAUUAAACAUAAUGCCCCUUUAUUUACUGUAAUCUGAUUCAACAGUGAGAUAAGACGUAUGCUUUUGUAUGAAAUUACUUUCCGAAAAAAUCAUACAGUAGAAUUUGAGGGGCAGUAUUUACCCAUUGACAACAUCCUGUGACGCAGUAAGUUGUAACAGAAAGAUGCAAAGCUGGAGUAAAACUUAAAAUGAAUCACAGAAUCGCUCAGGUUGGAAAAGACCUUUAAUUACGAUCGUGUCCAACCAUAAACCUAGCACUGUCGAGUUCACCACUAUACCAUGUCCCUAAGCACCACACCUACACAUCUUUUAAAUACCUCCAGGGAUGGUGACUCAGCCUCUUUCCUGGGCAAUCUGUGCCAGUGCUUGGAAACAUUUUUGGUGAAGUAGUGUUUCCUAACAUCCAAUCUAAACCUCCCAUGGCACAAUUUGAGGCCAUUUCCUCUUGUCCUCUCAUUUCUUACCUGGGAGAAGAGGUCAACACCCACUUGACCACAACAUCCUUUUAGAGGUAGCUCUAAAGAUCUAUAAGCUCCCUCAGCCUCCUCUUCUCCAGACUAAACAACCCCAGUUGCCACAGUUGCUCCUCAUAACACUUGUUCUCCAGAUCCUUCACCAGCUUCAUUGCCCUUCUCUGGACACACUCCAACAGCUCAAUGUCCAAAAUGGAACACGGCACUCAAGGUGCAGCCUCACUUCUCUGGUCCUGCUGGCCCCAUUGAUUCUGACACAAGCCAGGAUGCUGCUGGCCUUCUUCACUACCUGGGCACAUUACUGGCUCAUCCAGACAGUUGUCAACCACCCGCCCCAAGUCUCUCCCGUCCCCCAUCCCCUGUGUUCCCCCCCCUUUCCAGCUACUCUUCCCCAAGCCUGUAGCGCUGCACAGGGUUGUUGUGGCCCAACUGCAGAAGCUGACAUUUGGCCUUGUUGAACAAUUGGCCUCAGCCCAUCGAUCCAGCCUGCAGAGAAUACCGUAGUCAAAAGAUGCUAUUGUGUCCCCUACUCUACCUACACCUCGUUUACUUGUCUUCUACUCCACACUGUUCCUCUGCUCACAAGCUACUGCAACGUUUUGUAUUUUACUAUCCUAAGCAAAACCUACAUCUGUAGCAGACUCAUGACUGUCCCUACUGUAAAGCAUGCAGUAUUUACACGUAAAGAAGCUAGUCUCAGACUACAAGGACUUCUAGUGUAUCUUAUUCAAAAGUGUAUACUGCUGGGGUAUGUAAAGGCUUUUUUUGUUUUAUUAUUUUUAGAACCUAUCUUUUAAAGAUCACCCACAGACAGUUACAUACACAGCUCAUCAAAUGUACCAGCUGAAGUUUACCACUUCUCUUUUUUGUUUUUCUCCGUUUGGGGGUUUCUUAAUUUUUUUUUUAAUUUUUUUUUUUUUUUUUAAUUUUUACAACUGCACUGACAUAGCUUCUUAACACUUACUCACGUGGCAAAUAACCAUGCCACCAAAGGCAAACAUACACACAUAUUGGAACAAAUUUAUUGGAACCUAGUAUUUGUUCUUUUCACAAACAAAAAAAGGCUUAUUUUAAAAUAGAUUCAAACAAAUUUGUCCAAAGCAUCUGCAGCAACACACACCCCGAUUGCCCACCCGCACCCACCAUUCUUUAAAAAAAGACUAUACAUGUUCUUUAAUAAAGAGCACAUUUGGCAGCUAAAAUUGUCAUGCACCUGGCACAUGGUUUAUUUCAUUUUUCCCUUUCAACUUUCCAGCCACCUGGUACAGGAUUUCACAUUUGCUGGCUGGAAAGUAAAAAAAAGUGACAUAGCAUACUUUUGCCUUAUAAUGCUGCAGCGGUUGGCUACUUAAAGCAUUAUUUUCAAUGAAGGCAAAAGGGAAAUCUGCUCAGAGUUGACAAGAAAAAUGCACUUUAGGGUGGAGGCAUUUUAAUGGAAAAUAAGGAAUAGAAUCAAUAACGUAAAUCAAAAGCACUUCUGUUUUUUUACAACUAUAUCUGACCAUUAUAAAGGUUUCUCUCUUUAAGGAAUAAGAGCCAAAAAGGCAUCAGCUGAAUUUUGAAAUGACAGUUCAACAACUAAAAAAGGGUUAAGUACCACGCUUAUGAAGUUCUGCUGACUUCUAUAAGCGUGCCCACAGUUUGCUGUUGUUUAGGCUGACUUUUAGCCAUACAUCAGUACCCUAGAGUAAUGCAGCAACUCAUCUAGCCUCCACACAAGCAUGUUCCACUGUCCAGUCCACAUCAUCAUCCCAGGCCACACCAGACCAUCUGAGGUCAUUUUACCAAGGAUCCAGAUAGCGUUAUUAAAAUGUCAUUUUCUAGGUAAAAAAUAUUCGCUAAUGCAAACAUGGUCCAAAUAAAAUUAAUUCCAGAUCAAAUAAUUAUUAGUGCAAGUAAGUCUGUUAUUAGACAAACCAGCAGCUUAGCAGUUGUUCUCAAAACUGCCACCCCAAAUGCAACAGGCAUGAUUUUCACCCUGUGUUUCCUGUUUGCAACUGAGUCACCACCACAAUUUGUGCACUGCAUGAAUGACCCAUUCUCCAGGGCUCCAAAGCACGUUUCAGUUCGGUUUUUGCAUGGUGACCCUUGGUAAAGAUCAACCUCUUUAUGCGUCUUGAACAUCCACCUCGGUGCAAGGCUUGUGCUUGAGGCUUUGUGCAGUUUGGCAGCAGCAGAGGAGAGAGGGGGAGGUGCAGGAGAAGGUGCUGCCGCUCACCUCCCACACCUACAGUUGGGCUGCCAGUGCUCUGAAGAGGCAGAAGCGCCCUUGACUGCACAUGCCCACCCUAAGGGUUCAAAUGGCAGUUAUUCUGGCAAGCGUCUGUUGAACUGCCACGGACACCUGGAGCCCCCAACCCCAUUUCAAGAACUUUCCCUGCAGAGAAACAGCACAGGCACAGCAAGACCCCUACUCGUACGCUAUAGGGGACAGUGCUCCUCUAUAAAUAAUCCCUGCCAAAAAGUACAUGGGCACACUCUCUGUGCCAUGGACCAUGUCUCCUGAGGAAACCUCUGCUGGAUUUCAUUGGGGUGGUGAUUAUUUUUAUGUUAUAUUCCUCUUUUUCUGCUACUUCUCUUCUUUUUCUCUCUCUGCCUUUUUCUCUCCUUAAAUCUACCUCACUUUUUCAGGGGCACUUUUGGAUGAAUUUGGUUGUAUAUAAGUUCUUGCUGUAAAUAGUAGUUGCUUCAACUGAGCUCAAACCAAAGAGUUGUAACUUGGACUGUGUUCCAAAUAAGUAUUAAGAGUUUUCAGUAGACCCCCUGGAGUAACAGUCAUCACAAAGAAACCUACCCCUCACCCCAUCCUGCAAGCAGGUUGGUUGGGGCCAGGCUGUAACACCAUUAUCACCUGUUGUCUGAGUACCUCACUAGUAAAGGGCUUUCAUCCACAACCACGAAGAUGCAAAAUAGCACUCUCUAUUUCACAAAGGGAAACAGAGCGUUGACUCUCAAGAAAUCAGGAUCCACAUGACAUCUCUCCUAACUGAGCAACCUAACCACUGGAUCAUUCCUUCUGUUGGUCAUCCUUGGCUGCAAAAUAGCACAGACAAGAGCGUACGGAAGAAGAGAUACAUAUCAGAGUAUUUAGACUUUACAAAGUCUAAAUUUAAGGAGCUUGCCCUGGUAAUCCACUGAUGAGCUAACAGUUUAGAUGCCACUACCAACAGUAUGGCCACCAUGGGUUUACAUCCAAAGAAUCGAUAACCUAAGCUCUGUCUCCUGUAGCUUGAGGGUUUUUACAAAGUUCUCAUAUAAUGUUCUACUCUGAAGCCAACACCUGGAGAUCUUCACUUUUUCUUCUUUUGUCAGGAAAGUAUUUCAAAAUGUUGUUAAAGACAUCAAAGAAGGAAUACAACUGAAAUUUCAACAUUUGACUAUGAUGAAAAUGGCUGCUCCCCGUUGAUGAUAUCGGAACACUUUAUGAAUUGUAAUGACCUCAUUAAUGGACCAAGGGGCACUGAUCAAUGACAUGGCAGAAAGCAUUAAAAAAGGUGACUUCCAUCAUUUCACUAACACCAUCUCUAAUGACACAGCUUUCCACAACACUGAAAUUAUUCUCCUUUCAAAGAGGAAAUUUUACUUUGACCCAUGAGGCACGUUAACUGGACAAGAUAUUUUAUGCUUCACAUGCAUACUGUAGUGGAGAUUACAGAGCUUCUUUUCUUCAGUAGCUGCCAUGCAUUUACUGUCAUAGUAUCAUCUAGAACUGAAGAGCAACACAGGCUUAUGGAUAAUCCAUAUCAUGACACUUAUACCAGUAUGUGCUCCACCACAUGUAUGUUGGAUUUACAGAGCUACUGUAAAGAUUAAUGUAAGUCUGAAUUUUUCUAACAAGUGUCAUUCAGGAGGUAAGAGAAGUUUUAUAAUGUAUAAUAAUUCACUUUGGGAGUAAGCCAGCUUCUCAAAGAUUACUUAAUUACUACUUUGUAACACAUGCCAAAACCCAUUUCUCUUUAGACCCCUUACUAAAAUACAUAGACUGAGCUAGGAGAAAUACAUUCCAAAACAUGGGCUUUCAUCCCUUUCGUUGCUUAACAGAAAAACUGAGUUGUACAUCUGUCUGUGUAAAAAUUUAACAUAUGUCAGCCAAACAUAUCUGUAUCUUUAUUUCAAUUAAAUUAAAAACAAUCUGCAAGUAUAUUUAUGCAACGUUCACUAUAUACACAUGAUUUAUGCAACUGCAAGGCAAUUCUAUGUAUGCUGAUUAAUCUGUUGUUAGUAAAACAUGACAAUAGCUAUGGAAGUAGAGUGCUCCUUUUUACAAGUGACUGUUUCCAUGGCAUGACUGAAAAAGAAUAGCUACUAGCCAUGAAAUGGAUUAUCAGUAAACCUUAAAAAUGUGACAUAACUUAGCAGAGAUUAACAGUCUUUUAAAUGUAGUAGUAUAUUUACUUCAGACGAUAGUGCUGCUUUUUUAAAAAAAUUUCGCUGUCAUCUUAAUGAUGUAAGACUUCCAUCUGCUCUAUCUAAAGAAAGCAAUAAUUAGACAUUAUGCUUCCUGGCAAAAAUUUAUUUUUGAACUGGCACCAUAAUAUUUCAGAAAAUAAUAAUAAAGUACCUCUUUGGUGAAGCCUAGGUACCUCCUACUAUUCAUUGUAACAACUUGUAAACAGGACUGUAAUACAGUGCUUUGCCUUAAUUCUAGCUCGGUUAGGUACCACAGAUCUUCCUCACAGUCCUUCUUGUAAUUUUAGGAAGGUAUUUUAAAGCAGGGAGUAAAGCAAAGGAAAAUUAAGGAGGAUAUAAAGUUCCCUGUUCGAGAUUUUAAAAAAGUGCA